CGAUGCCAAAAGUACAAAUUGAUUUGGUGGCCGGAAGAUAUGACAGUACAAAAUAAAGCCUAAUCUAAGCCCCAAAUCAAGGGCAUAAAAAUUACCACCAUUAGAAAUCGCGCGGCGGCCACCCACCUCUUCAGCCCCGGCGCUGGCACAGUUUUCCGUCGGCUUCAGUCACUCCCCUGUCCUUCAUCUAAUGGGGAAGAAAAAACCUAUAAAGAUGGGAGAGAGUGAUAGCGAUUUGGGAAUCGACAGAGAUAUAGAGGAUGGAAUUGUGCAUGUGGGUAACAACGAGAAUAGCGACCUCGAUAUUCAUGAUGAGGAUUCGGAUGACCAGAAUGAAGAUGAUUAUGAUGAUGAUGAUGAUGAUGAUGUUAAUGAUGAUAACGAGGAGGAUGAAGAUGGUGCUGAUAAUGAUGAUGAUGAUGAGGACGAGCAAAAUGAAGAGGAAGGCUCAGAAGAGGGCCAUGAUGGUGUAAGCGAAGAUAAAAAUGUUCUGAAAGGGGAGGAGAUGGAAGAGCUUGAGAAAGAGUAUAGAGAGCUUAGAAAUAGGGAGCAAAAUUUGUGGAAGAAUUUGAGGCGCCAUAAAGAUGAGGAUCUUCAAAAAGGUCAAGCUGUGAAAAACCAAAGGGCUCUCUGGGACAAGACACUGGAAUUCAGAUUCUUGCUGCAAAAAUCUUUUUCAAGUUCCAACAGACUUCCACAGGAACCAGUGAGGUCUUUGUUCUGUGACAUGGAUAGUGAUGCCAGUGAAGCAUAUUCAGAUUUGAUUGAUUCCUCAAAGAAGACCUUGGACUCUAUACUGGAAUUACAACAGGCACUGGAGGCAAACAAUCCAGCAAUUACUCAAUUUGGAGAAGGUAACUCUUUGAGAGAUUCCAAACAACUUGGUGCUUCCGGUGACUCAAAUGGGGAUAUUGAUGAAGAGUGGCUGAAGAUUUCUCAAAUGCAAUCAAGAAUGGCCUCUUUUAGAAACAAAUCAAUUGAUAAAUGGCAGAGGAAGACCCAGGUGACAACUGGUGCAGCUGCCAUCAAAGACAAAUUACAUGCCUUUAAUCAGAGUAUAAGUGAACAAGUUGCUGCAUAUAUGAGAGAUCCUAGUAAAAUGACUAAAGGGAUGCAGCUGAAUAGAGCAGCUGUUGCUGUAUUUGGAAAUGCUCCAGAAUCUACAGAGAAUAUGAAACAAGAGGCAUCUUAUGUGAACGGUGACCCUGAACUUUUGGAUGACUCAGAAUUUUACCAGCAGCUACUGAAAGAGUUCUUUGAGACAAUUGACCCUUCAUCAUCUGAAACGGCAUUCUAUGCUCUGAAAAGAUUGCAAACUAAGAAGAGAAAAAUUGUUGACCGUCGUGCUUCAAAGAAUCGCAAGAUCAGGUAUCAGGUACAUGAAAAGAUUGUCAAUUUCAUGGCCCCUCGACCCAUGAACCUCCCACCUAUGGCUCCUAAAUUAUUCGAAAACUUGUUUGGGCUUAGAAACCAGAAACCUGCAUCAGGGGCAUAACUAGCUAUUUCUACGCCUUAUACUCAUGGAUUGCUGAAAUCAGAUAACUUCUCCAAAGACAGAUAUAUAUGCCACCAAACAGAGCACGACUUGUUGCUACAUUUAGUUAAAACAGUAAUACAUGAUGAUCUACAUCACCACCCUUUGGCAACUGGUGGGUAUUUUGGGGGGUUCGUUUCAUGUUGUUUGUUGGCCACACAUUAUUUAGAAAGCUUAUGAUUUUGCCCUUCCUUUUACACUCGCUUUUGAAAUUCGUAACAUUUUGUUGUAUUUAACGAAGCUUAUGCUUUUCUAGUUGAAUGAACCUUUCGAAAUUAUUUCUUGGUUUUGCUGACUUACAUUAGUGGUACUAAAUCACAAAAGCUGGGGAUUUGAGUUGGAGCCCACUUGCUAAGACUUGCAAAAUAGGUGAAUUUACGUACGAGUAAUGAUAAAUAAUGGCCAAUUUUAAUCUUUACCAUGUGAUUUGAAAAUAAUUGUAAUUGUA